GCUGCAAGCACCUGCCUUUUCUGGCUAAUCACAAUCGCGCCUGACGUUUUAAUCCGCUGCCAACAGCCAGCAGCAGCAUUUGUUUGGAGCUAAGCUGGACUGCUAAUGCCAGAUUACGGGGCUUAAUAAGCCUAGUGCCUACUCCCGCCUAGCUUCUAGGUAUAGCAAUCAUGGCGGGCAGCCGCCGCGUCCGGGAGAAUCCGCGUCGCGCACCUAUAUAUAUUCCAGCCGCCUCGCCGGAGAGCGGCAAGGAGCUAGCCAAGCCAAGCCAAGCCAAGGGCGUCUGAUCUCACCGGAGGAGCAGAGGAGGGAAGCAGAGCAGAGCACGCACGCGCGCCGCAGCCGACCAUGGCGCGCCCCAUGAGGCUCAUGGAGAACGCGCGGGAGCGUGCCAAGGCGCACGCCAAUAGGGCCAAUGCGCUCAAGAAGCAGGCGGAGAAGCUCGCCACGCUCUGCGCGGUCCCAGUCGCGCUCGUCUGCACCGGCGCCGGGGCUCCGCCGCUCGUGUGGGAGUCGGAGGAGGGCGUGCUCGAGAGGUACCGCCGCGCCGUCCCGCCGGAGGCCCGCGCGGGGCACACGCACCGGGACUACCUCGAGGCGGAGCUGGGCAAGCGGAGGGCCAAGCUCGCCAGGGCGCGCCACGGCUGCCCCGCCGCGCUCCCGGACUGGGACGAGGCGCUCAACGACAUGACGCUGGACGACGCGCGGGCGCUGCUCCGGGCCAUCGACGCGGCGCUGCGGGCCACGGGAGACAGGAUGGAGGCGCUAGGCGUGCCUGCUGACCACGGCCACGGCCCACUCGGUGAGCAGGUCGCGCCGGACUCUUCCGACGUCGCCGUCAUGCCGCAGCACUUCUGGCACGACGGCGGCGUGUCCUGGACCGUGGGCGACCCCGUGGACAUGGCCGACGCCGAGGGCUUGCAGCAGCUGCAGAUGGUGCCGUACCACGGCGGGAACAACGACGACCUACUCGAGCAAUUCCCACGGGACCAUGGCUUCCAGAUGCAACCAGGAUGCAACGGCUUCCAAUGCGCCGGCGGCAACUUCUCGGGCGACGGCGACGACGGGAUGCUCGCGCUUGGCCUCGGCAAUGCUGGCUACAACCACUCGGGCUGCGGCGAUGGGAUGCUCGCGCCGGGCUUCGCCAAUGCUGGCUACAACUACUCAGUCGGCGGCGGCGACAAGAUGCUCGCGCCGGGCUUCGGCAACGCUGGUUACAACUGGCCUGAUCUUACCAUGUGGCACACCGACGAGGUGUGCUUCGCCGACGGCACUCUGGCGCCUGAGCACUACUCCGGCGAGGUCGCCGCCGGCGGCGACUACGUGAGCACACUACCAUCUGGGUACGGGUACCCCAUGGCCAUGGGCAUGGACGUCGGCGACAACUUCACCAGUCUGGAGAGCAACUACACGGCGGCGCAUUGGCAAGCCAAGGCGCUCCAUCGCUCCAACGCCAACGCCAGCGCCAGCACCAUGUCAGGCUCAGCCUUGAUCAUCCCCUGUUUCCAGCAUGCCAGAAGUGUUUUGGUCCGUCGAUCGUCAAUCUAACGGCUCACCUGCCUUCGUACCGGUUCGCCAGCUAUAGCGAUCUCCAAGCGUUCAUUAUCGAUCAAACGGUCAAGAGGGUGUCCUGUAGCUUUUUCGACAAGCCAUGUGCUCCGCUAGCUUUCUGUUCUUCU